AUGCAGAGCGGCAAUAACGGGGUACCGCUUCCCAUCUCGGUAACGGUGGUGCGGCAACAGUACUAUCCGCGUGUGCCCCCAGAAUUGCUUCUGAAGGAGCAUGCAGGGAAAUUUCAUCUGUCAGGUUUUACAACAGCGUCUCUGCUAGACGCCAUUUCACCGCGAGUGAGACCUCAAUUACCACCCUUUGUUACACAGAAGGAUAACAUUGUUACGGCGAAUGACGAGUUUACGUGCUCUCUGAUUAGGGAGAAUGUGAAGCGACCGCCCGUGCCGUGGGAAAACAUUAAGAGACCAAUUUCGGCUACCCAACGGUUUACGAAGAAGGCGGCGGCGGCGGCGGCGACGGAGACGAAGCGCCAAGCGAACACCGUGCCUCCAUCAUCAGCCAUACCGUCGUCUUCUGCGAAAAUGGGAAACGAGUUUCCGAAGGAAUGUGAUGAAUUUAUUUUUGAAGAAGCAACUGCAUCGUAUCUCACUGCUGUCGAAUUUGUGCGAAAGCCUUUGAACUGCAAUAAUGAUGAAGUAAUGACGGGGCAGAAAAUUGACGCAGGAAAAGAGCAAUUGCAAUCUCUUCAAGGGACUUUGUCAAAUGACGUCACAAUGGAAGAACGAGAGUCGCUGUGGGGGUACAGUACUGGGGCAGUGGUGCUUGUUAAUUUGCGUUCCUACGCCGCUGAUAUUCGAAGUCGUCUUUAUUACCAAACAGCUUCAACGCGAGAUCAAUGUUUAUAUAUUGAAAAUAGACUUGACAUUGAUGAAGAAACUUCUUUUGAAGAUUCGGACGCUUUCUCAUCCGUUGCCGAGGAGCAGCAGAAAGCCAAUCCUUCAGAGAAUGACGGAUAUACCCAGGAGCGUGGGAUUUUUCAACUUGGGAGUGAGAAAGCCCCACGUGGUGUGUUGUUGCUGGGAUAUCAUAAUGUUGGUGGAGUCUGCUCUUUAGUGUAUGAUUCCCUUAAUGAUCUUGCAAUAUCUGGUGGGGUGGAUGGCACAUUGUUUGUAUGGGAUUUGCAUCAACGAUACCGAGGGGCGCUGAGAGAAAGGUAUAUGAAAGAUGAAGAAGCGAAAAACAUGCGCCCUACAGGGCAAUUUGCUGCUUAUGUGUAUACGCGGCGUUUGACCCAGCGUCUUUCUCAUGCCCAUAAGUGUGCGAUCAGCUCUCUUGCCACGCACUGUGAAUUACUGAUCAGUGGUGGAGUGGAUGGCACUGUAAAAGUAUGGUCGUGUUUGGAGUUUGCAGAUUUGUCUUCUCGUGCUACACUGCCGCAGUAUGUUGAACAACAAAUAUUUACUUGCAAUGGAUGGGUACGGCAUAUUUGGUCGGCUCCAGGACGUAAUGUACAGGGAGAGGAUGUUUUUGUUACGGGCGAAAACGGCUUUAUCAUUGGCUUUAAAGGACGUACGGUUUCACAGCAGCCUGUCAUACAGACAUUAGAAAGGGAGAAGAAGUUGUUAAAUGCCCUUCGUAAAUCAGCAGUGGCUCCUCUAACUCUAGCAUUUGGUCUAACUCGAAUUAGUAGAGCUGACACCGCAAACUCCGUACGUUUUCCCACUAUUACGAAACCUGGGUUGGGUUCUGGAAGCACCAAUACAAGAUUGCCAAAGCCGGCGACCACUGAGAAGGAGGCGACAAAGCUUCUUCAACUUGGUAUUAUUACACGAGCAUUAUGCCUUACACGAAAAUUGCAAACCAUUGGUGAGGAGGCACGUUUAGCAAAUUCACCCGUACACCGUCACUCUGUGCAAGUUGAGAGUACAAGCGCCAUCACGCGUAUUAUUCCUUUGGUGGAGCGUAAUUUAUUUAUAGUAUUGGGCUAUAGUCCUGUGGUGCGAUUCCUUGAUAUGACUCGCUUAAGUGUGGCGGCGGUGGUAAUACACCCGAGUCUGAGCGCAGCAGCAGGUGAGGGGAAAAUUGAUGACCUUCAAGCAACUUUUCCAGAUAAUUCCCAAGGAGUUGGAAAAGGAAAUAUGAAGAAUACAAGUAGUGACGACUCGCAGAGCAAAGGACGGCGGAUGUUGGGGUCUAAAAAUGGCAGUAGGGGCAAUGCGGAGCCUUUGCGUUUUUUAGAUGUCUUGUAUAUUACUUCUUAUGAUUAUUUAGUCUUAUUGGACAAUCGAAACACCGUCUAUGUGUGGGACAAUGUGGAGAACAAGUUUCUUGCCUCAUGGAAGACUCCUGAUACCAAAGAAAUUGGGAAGCAAAAGAAUGCACUUCGAUUAUUGCCUUGUGGCACACGUCAUUAUGAAGGUGACGAACCCAUUGGUGGAAAACGGGUAAGUGCCCAUGUGCAGUACAGGCCCAAACGUCGUAUGGCGUGUUUUUACGAGCAGGCAGGCGCUUUAGGGGAAACUUUGAGGAUGGAGGAGGAUGCAUCAGGAGCGAUCACCAUACCUUUUUUCCUUCUGUGCUCCGUAGGCCUCGAGUUGUGUGGUGUGGUGAUUGAGGCCCAGGCACGACUUGAGGUGAAGGCACACCACGACACCAUUGUAGGGAUUUUUCUUCGCCAACCUCCACUUCUCUAUUUUCAACGGGAUAAUGAUAAAAAUAAGACUGAAGAGAAACUCGAGGAAGCCGACACCUUUGAAUUGGAUGGAUCCAGUGAAAAAAUAAUGAGCAGCGUUAGCCAAAUGUACAUACCCAGCGCAUUCACUAGGAGAAGCACUAUUUUUACUGAGAGCAACAGAAGCAGGAAAACCACUGAAAAGGCAGAUUUUGCUUUUCCAACUGAAUGGCCUCCUAAUUCUCCAAAGAAGAACGAGGAUGAUGCUCGUAUCUGUGUGCUAUCGUGCUCAGCGGAUGGGACGAUUUGUUUUUGGGGAGGCUCUUUUGAGCUCCUUACGGUGUACGAUCAGCGGAGUUUUUCUGAAAAAAACAACGAAGUUUGCACCACCGUUUCACACAAACUCUUUGAGUUUGACGGCAUCGUCUCCCCCUUCGAUGCCCCGCCCUGCACCACAACGAAGAAAAAUGGUGUGAAAAAUAAUGUUGAGCAUAGUGAGUGUAUUGAUAUCACAAGUUUUUACUUUAGCACACGAUGGAAUUUGGCUGUAACUGGGCACGAUGAUGGCAGUAUUCGUUACUGGCCCUGUGGGAAAGAACUUGCAACUUGUGUUUGGCACAAGGGGCUGCAUCGGAAUGCUGUCUCUGGUCUUUUGGCAGCUCGCGUAAUGGAGCGGGUUGACGUGGUUGGCGCAUUGGCGCGGAUUGGGAGUAUUUUUAAAUCUUUGGAGGCCAUGGAGCCAAAUGAAUUGCUUGCGUCUAUUUCUUUUGACGGUCACUUGGCUGUGUGGGAGUACCCUCAGCAAUCCAAAGCACAACUGCGUGACUGCACUCGAGUUAGUUUUAACGAACUUCUUUGCAUUGCCUUUGAUGAAGUCAAUGAAUUGUUUGUUAUUGGCGAUAGUGCAGGAACCAUUAGUUCGUGGUUUGCGAAGGAUCUUGGGCCACACCGCUCCAUUCCAUCACGGCCUCCAUCCCCAUGGCGACCAUCAACCGCUGUCGCCCUUCCGGCUUCAUUUUUUGAACAAUCACUCGGUACGAGUUCAAACAUGUCGAAACGUCAACAGCGUCGUGGCACUCGUGGUAGUUCUGUUCUUUCUGCUGUUCCGGAAAAACAACAGGAAAAGAAGCGAAUUGAACAUACCGAAGCUGUGACGGCACUUAUUGUGGAUGGUAACUUUGUCUUUUCAGGCGGUGAGGAUGGACGUGUUUUUUUGUGGGAUCUUCGUAUUGGUGUUCUCUUACGGGAAUAUUUCUUGUUGCAUGAUGUAGACGAAAUUGCACAUCAUUGUAGAAAGACGAUGUCAGCCUCAACCGACUGUAGCUCUAUGUGCAGCAAGGAAAACAAUCCCCGUUCUGUAGUACAUAUGCAUUCUUUGGAUUCAUUGGAUGUAAAACCGUAUUCGGAAAAUGUUACUUGUAUGGUAUUACUUAAGCGACGAAACGGUAACUUCCUUGUUGCCACGCGCGAGGGUUGGGUCUAUCACUUUGAGCAGAGCGACUCAUAUCCUCGCUCCACAUAUAAGCAUCAUUCUUCUGUGAGAUGUAUGUGUGUUUUUCAAGAUGGAUGCACAGAUGAUGAUGAUGCUGUAGGUGACAAUGAUCUUGCUGAUGAAGGUGACGUUUAUUCAGGGAUAUCCCGUGCGUUUGAGGUGGUGGUUGGGGAUGAUGAGGGGAAAAUGGCUCUUAUAAGAGAGUCAUACUUCUUUUCUACCGUGUGA